ACCUUCUUGUAAAUAUUGCAUUUAUCUCGGUUGUACCUUUACAAGGUUCAUUAAAUGAUGGGAAUUUAGAUCAAACUAUAGCUGCAACUUUCUUUAAUAAUUUAUUUGGCGGAAAUGAGAUAGUAGUUAGAAUUUUUACUUUCCUAAUAGUGCUUUCUGUGAUUGGCACUGCUUCGUCAAAUGUGUGGAGUGUAUCAAGAGUCAUCGUUGCAACAGCAAGAUCAGGCUUUUUUUUAAAUUAUUCGCCCCAAUUAAGAUAUUGGCAUAAAUAUUAUGAAACACCGAUUAAUGCUUUAGUAUUGCAAUUCGUUUGGAUUUCAUUUAUUAUCUUGAUCGUUGGUAGUAGUUUUACUAUUACCAAUUAUGAACUAUUUUCUUCAUUUUCAAUGUAUAGUUAUUGGAUUUUUUACGUUGCUACUGGUGUAGGGUUACUU